AUGGUCUACUUAUGCCCCCAAAAGAAUGUACAAUAUUCUCUUUCUGAUCAAAGGACAGUUAACUUUUUUGCCACUUUUCUCUUUUUCUCUCAAGUGACUCCACCAAAAGCCCAUCCUCAAGCAGAACCGCCCAAGUUUCCUGCGGCCAAGCUAUUGCAUGAACCAAGUCCACCGGCGUCAACAGAGUCCCCUGGAUUCGUGUAUGCUCGGAAAGAAGCAAGUGAAGGUAUGACCAGAAGAAGAGAAGCAAAUGCAACGAAACAAAGUUUUCUUGGCUGCAGCAAGAAGAUGGACGAAGAGACAUGGCGACGUGUGCUUGGAAUGAGUGGUUGUUGCCCCGACGACUGGGAGCCAAGCAAGUUCGAGCCCCAUUCGUCCUUCUGGGCGGACUCGUCGAAUGAGUUCGAGUGGCAGUUCUUGAGUCUUGAGUGCGUCGCCUGA